CAUGCGAAAGGGUAGUGAACAAAUGCGAUUGGUGCUGAUGGGGAUAGCAGUGAAUCCGCAGCAGCACACAAGAACACAUAGACAGCGGACAUCCACGAAGGCUGUACUUGUCAGACCUACCGCGUAACCACUUGCAUUAUCCAACUACAGAGACGCAUUUUUUUUGUUAUUACUCCUUCAAAAAAUGAAAUAGUUUUGAUGGUGGUAUGAAUUAUCCGUAUUUCAUGGUUGUCUGGAACAUUGUAGCUAACCGGCGAAUUUGACGGGGGAAGGCAUCGGUCUCCUAACAAGUGUGAGCACUAACAGGCACAAUUUUCAUUGCACGUUAGGUUAUUUAGUGUUUGGGAAAACAAAUACAUUUCAAGAUAUUCGAAUGAAUUUUUGGCAGCGUGAGUUUGGGGAAAACACAAAAUAAGUGAGUAAUCAGUGGGGUUGUCGAGGUUUCAGCUAACGUUAGCGAGCUAGUGUGUCACCUCGCGCAGAUACUCACCAUGGAGAACGCUCACACAAAGACUGUGGAGGAAGUUUACAGCCAUUUCAACGUGAACGAAAGCACAGGUCUAGGUUUAGACCAGGUGAAGAGGCAGCGGGAAAAAUGGGGACCUAACGAAUUGCCUGCUGAGGAGGGAAAGUCUUUAUGGGAACUGGUAGCUGAACAGUUUGGAGAUCUACUUGUGAGGAUUCUUCUUCUUGCAGCCUGCAUAUCCUUUGUGCUGGCCUGGUUCGAGGAGGGAGAGGAGACCAUAACAGCCUUCGUGGAGCCUUUUGUAAUUUUGCUGAUUCUGAUAGCAAAUGCCAUUGUGGGUGUCUGGCAGGAGCGAAAUGCAGAGAAUGCCAUUGAAGCGCUCAAAGAGUACGAGCCGGAGAUGGGAAAGGUGUACCGGCAGGACAGGAAGAGUGUGCAGAGGAUAAAGUCCAAGGACCUUGUACCAGGGGACAUCGUGGAGGUGGCCGUUGGCGACAAAGUUCCUGCAGAUAUUCGACUCACCUCCAUCAAAUCCACAACCCUGAGGGUGGACCAGUCCAUUCUGACAGGGGAGUCUGUCUCUGUGAUCAAGCACACUGACCCGGUGCCUGACCCCCGGGCUGUCAACCAGGACAAGAAGAACAUGCUCUUCUGUGGCACCAACAUAGCAGCGGGUAAGGCAGUGGGUGUUGUGAUGGCCACAGGUGUCAACACGGAGAUUGGCAAGAUCCGGGACGAGAUGGCGUCCACGGAGCAGGAGCGUACGCCUCUGCAGCAGAAGCUGGAUGAGUUUGGGGAGCAGCUGUCCAAGGUCAUCUCCCUGAUCUGCAUUGCUGUGUGGCUCAUCAACAUUGGCCACUUCAGUGACCCCGUCCACGGAGGCUCCUGGAUCCGUGGCGCCGUGUACUACUUCAAGAUUGCUGUGGCCCUGGCCGUGGCCGCCAUCCCAGAGGGUCUGCCCGCUGUCAUCACCACCUGUCUGGCUCUAGGAACCCGCCGCAUGGCCAAGAAGAACGCCAUCGUCCGCAGCCUGCCCUCUGUGGAGACCCUGGGCUGCACCUCUGUCAUCUGCUCCGAUAAGACCGGCACCCUCACCACCAACCAGAUGUCUGUCUGCAGGAUGUUCGUUAUUGACCAGGCGGCGGGCGAUAGCUGCUCCCUGAAGGAGUUCACAAUCACUGGCUCCACAUACGCCCCUGAGGGACAAGUGUACCAUGAUGGUAAACCAGUCAAGUCCUCCCAGUAUGAUGGCUUAGUUGAGAUGGCCUCCAUCUGUGCCUUAUGUAACGACUCCUCCCUGGAUUACAAUGAGAUCAAAGGUGUGUAUGAGAAGGUUGGCGAGGCUACAGAGACUGCCCUCACCUGCCUGGUGGAGAAGAUGAACGUGUUUGACACUGACGUCAAGGGCCUGUCCAAGAUCGAGAGAGCCAAUGCCUGCAACUCUGUGAUCAAGCAGCUGAUGAAGAAGGAGUUCACCCUGGAGUUCUCCAGAGACAGGAAGUCAAUGUCUGUGUACUGCACACCCAACAAGGCCCACUCCUCCAUUGGCAAGAUGUUUGUUAAGGGAGCCCCAGAAGGAGUGCUUGACAGGUGCACUCACAUCCGUGUGGGCAGGAACAAGGUGCUCCUGACCCCGGGCAUCAAGGACAAGGUAUUGUCAGUGAUCAGGGAGUACGGGACGGGGCGUGACACACUCCGCUGCCUGGCCCUGGCCACAAAGGACAACCCUAUUGCCAAAGAGGACAUGGUGUUGGAAGACUCAAACCGCUUCAUUGAAUACGAGACGGACCUGACGUUCGUGGGUUGCGUGGGCAUGCUGGACCCUCCCAGGGCGGAGGUGGCUGCCUCCAUCAAGCUGUGCCGCCUGGCCGGCAUCCGCGUCAUCAUGAUCACCGGCGACAACAAAGGCACAGCCAUUGCCAUCUGCCGCCGCAUCGGCAUCUUCAGUGACAAAGACGAUGUCUCCUCCAUGGCCUUCACUGGCCGCGAGUUUGACGACUUGUCACCGGCUGCCCAGCGAGACGCGGUGGUCAAUGCACGCUGCUUUGCCCGCGUGGAGCCGUCUCACAAGUCCAAGAUUGUGGAGUUCCUACAGUCCAUGGACGAGAUCACGGCCAUGACUGGUGAUGGUGUGAACGACGCCCCUGCCCUGAAGAAGGCAGAGAUUGGCAUCGCCAUGGGUUCAGGCACGGCUGUAGCUAAGUCAGCCUCUGAGAUGGUCCUGGCUGAUGACAACUUCUCUACCAUCGUGGCGGCUGUGGAGGAGGGCAGGGCCAUCUACAACAACAUGAAGCAGUUCAUCCGUUAUCUCAUCUCCUCCAACGUGGGAGAGGUCGUCUGCAUCUUCCUGACGGCUGCUCUAGGCUUCCCUGAGGCUCUGAUCCCUGUCCAGCUGCUGUGGGUUAACCUGGUGACGGACGGCCUCCCUGCCACUGCCCUGGGCUUCAACCCCCCCGACCUGGACAUCAUGAACAAGGUUCCCCGCAACGCCCGCGAGCCCCUUAUCUCUGGAUGGCUCUUCUUCAGAUACCUCGCCAUCGGAUGCUAUGUGGGUGCGGCUACAGUCGGUGCUGCUACCUGGUGGUUUGUCGCUGCUGAGGAUGGACCCAGGAUCACCUUGUACCAACUGAGCCACUUCCUGCAGUGUGGUCCUGACAACCCAGAGUUUGAUGGUUUGAAGUGUGAGCUGUUUGAGUCCCCCUACCCCAUGACCAUGGCCCUGUCUGUGCUUGUCACCAUAGAGAUGUGCAACGCCCUCAACAGUGUGUCAGAGAACCAGUCCCUGCUGCGUAUGCCCCCCUGGGAGAACGUGUGGCUGCUGGGAGCCAUCUGCCUCUCCAUGUCCCUGCAUUUCCUUAUCCUCUACGUGGAGCCCCUGCCGAUCAUCUUCCAGAUCACCCCUCUGAACCUGACCCAGUGGCUGAUGGUGCUGAAGCUCUCCCUGCCUGUCCUCCUGCUGGACGAGGUCCUAAAGUUAGCAGCCAGGAACUACAUGGAGAACUACCCUGGUAAAGAGCUGGAGAAGCCCAGCAGCAAAGGCUGCUCUCUGUCUGCAUGCAUGGAGGGCAUCUCCUGGCCCUUUGUGGCCCUCACCCUCCCGCUGGUGCUGUGGAUUUACAGCACCGACACUAACAUGGCAGACAUGUUCUGGUCCUGACUGACUUGAGCACAAUCCCCCUCUCUCUCUCCUCCUGUGUGUGCAUAGUUAGUGUAUGUGUGUGUGUUUGUAGACUUGGAGUGUGCCUGCCGAGCGUGCAUGAGAAGGACCUAGUUUAACACAAACUUAAAAAAUAAUAUUCAAAAGUCUUUUUGAAAUUGUGAGUGUCAGUUUGACCGUCACUCAUGUAGCUGUGGACUUUUUGCUGGUUCAAACAGAAAAUAAUGUUGUCAGUUUGUUGUCUAUUUCCUUUUUAAAUUAGAUUUUUUUUUAUGAUUUGGGAUUAUCACUUUCACUACAGUACAAAUAGUAUUUUUGCGCUGCCCUUUUCAUAUUAGUAUACAAAUGAGAUAUUUAAAAGCAGUCCAUUGACCUGUACAGAGAUUGUAACACUAUUUUAUGCAACUUUUUUUUGUUCAUCACUUUGUAAAUUGUUGGAACGGAUUGCAGGAGGAGUGGCUAAGAGAACGGGUAGGGUUACCUUUUAAUGUUUACUGUUGUCUUCAGUAUAAACUUACAACUCUUUCAGAGCCAAUGGACAAGCACUAGAUAGCAGGAGGUGGGUAAGAUAAGGGUUUGUGGAGUGAUUGUGUAUGCAUAGCUGAAAACGAAACCUACAUGUUCUUUAACCUAGCAUGAACUGUACUGGGUUUUUAAUUUAUGAUUUAGUCGUCUCCCCCACAUCAAUGUAAAAAUUACCUUUAUGGAUCAAAAAAAAAAAAUUGAUUUGAAAAGCCAGUUUUUCUGCUGUAGGCAGAGCACAGCUACCUCAAUACAAUCCAUUUUGCUCAUUUCUAGAUUAUUUCCCCUACAUGGCUUUAGUCUUUAUUCAACAUUUAGUCCAUAUAGUUAUGACACUUGAUGUGCCCCUAUUUCCUUGUGCAGAAAACAAAAAUCUAAUUGGCCUUCCCUCAGUAAUUUUUUUUAAGGGUAUUUUGUCUUUGUAUUUUUUAUUUUACUUGACUUUUAUUACAUUUAUUGUUGUUUUGUUGGCAGGAUUGGGUUUAGGAUGUAAAUGUUGCCGUCUUUGUGGGUCAGAAUUUUGAUUCAAAGGAGAGAAAAGGCUACAUUUUUUUACUUUAAAAAUACAGGUUUUCCAAUUGACUACUCAACCAUGAACUUGCGACACAAAAGUCCCAAGGUUUUGUUUUUUAUAUUUCAAGAAAAAUACACUCAUGAACCCUUUGAAUCAAAGUGUUUUUGUCUUUCUUUACCAGGACUGAGCGAAUGUGGUGACCAGAUUAUUUCUAUACAGUGUGGUUUUUGUAUGGGCACAUACUUGAAUAUAGAUAAUGUACAGUGUC